AUGGACAAGAGUUGGAUAACAAAGGACAUACUUUCAAAAGAGUAUGAAGAGGGAGUCGACGGCUUUAUUAAGUUAGCGUUAGAAAAUACAACAGAUCCUUCCAGAGUUCAUUGUCACUGUAGAAAAUGUUCAAAUUUGAAAAAAUUAGACAUAAUGGAGAUAAAAAGUCAUCUAUACUUUAAUGGAAUGGACCAAACAUAUGUCAAGUGGAUUUGGCAUGGAGAAGAAUAUGACUCUAACUAUAAUGUUCCCAGUGAAAGAAAGCAAUUUGAUCAAGUAUUUGAUGACCCUAUAGAGAUGGUGAGAGAUAUAGAUGAACGUUUUGUUGAUAAGCCUGAAGAAAUUUUGAAAUUUUUAGAAGAUGCAGAGAAACCAAUAUUCUCGGGGGCACCUUUGUCAAAAUUGGUUGUUUUAGUAAAACUAUACAACUUGAAAGCUGGAAUGGAGUAUAGCAAGAUUCACGCUUGUCCAAAUGAUUGCAUUCUAUAUCGAAAUCAAAAUGAAAGUGCAACUGAGUGCCCCAUAUGUAAAACAUCUAGAUGGAAAAAAAAUAAGAACAACAAAGAAUGUAAGAAAGGGAUUCCAGCAAAAGUAUUGUUGUAUUUGCCGCCAAUACCUAGGUUUAUACGUUUCUUUCGAAAUCCUGAACAUGUUGAAAGUCUGCGAUGGCAUGAGGAUGGAAGGAUCAAAGAUGACAAAUUGCGCCAUCCAGCUGAUUCCCCAGCUUGGAAAGAAGUGGAUGAACUAUGGCCUCAAAUAAGAGAGGAUCCUAGAAACCUUCGACUUGGUCUUUCUACUGAUGGCAUCAAUCCAUUCAGCAAUAUGAGCUCAUCUUACAGUUGUUGGCCAGUGAUUCUAUGUAUUUACAAUCUUCCUCCUUUGUUGUGUAUGAAAAGAAGAUUCACAAUGUUAACUUUGUUGAUAUCAGGUCCCAAGCAACAUGGAAAUGAUAUAGAUAUCUAUUUAGCACCUUUGAUAGAUGACUUGAAGGUGUUGUGGAACGGAAUUGAUUGUUAUGAUUCUUUUAAAGAAGAAAAUUUUAUACUUAGAAGUGUACUCUUAUGGACAAUCAAUGAUUUUCCUGCUUAUGGUAAUUUAUCAGGAUGUUUUGUGAAAGGAUAUAAAGAAUGUCCAAUAUGCGGUGAACAAACAAGCGCCACAAGAUUAGAACAUUGUAGGAAGAUGUGUUAUAUGGGUCAUAGAAGGUUUCUACUAGAAAAGCAUUAUUACCGGAAGCAAAAAUUAGCAUUUAAUGGUGAGCAAGAGUUGCGAGAAGCGCCUACACCAAUGACUGGAGAAGCUAUCUACGAAGAGAUUCGUUUUGUUGAAAAUAAAUUUGGUAAGCCUGUGGAAAAUGUCGAUGAAAAUGUAGAGACAGGGGAAAAAGAAAGGCAAAUGUAA